AUGAGAGCAAGUUUAUUUUAGUAGUUAAGAAAAAUAAGAGCAGAAUCUGCUAAGGUUGGAGGAAAUCGUAAUAAAUAAAUUCUUGAUACUUCUGAACUUGGAGGUAGGCAAAGCUUUUAUAGAAAAAGAAGGUUUGAAGACCCUAAUAAUACUGUAAUUGAAUAAACAAGUUCAUUUCGAUUUCAUGAUAAGGAAAAAUAUGAAUAGGAAAUCAAAUAUCUUAAGAACAAUUUGCACUCUUUAGAAAAUGAGAAUAUUAAGCUUAAAACUAAAAUUCAUUAAUUAGAAGGUAAGCACCUUCAACUUAAUAUUAGAUAAUUAAUUAAAAUAAGAAAAAAUGUUACAAGAAUUAGAUCGUAUAGGUCCUGUUAAGACUUAAUUAUUAAAAUCUUUGAAUUAUGCAACUGCUUUAAAUGCAUUGAAAAAAGAAUUAAAUAAUAUGAAAUAAGAAAUCUAAAAAAAAGAUUAAGAACUUGUUAAUAUGAAAAAAAAUCAAAGAUUUACUUAGAUGAAUGAACUAUAAAUUGAAAGAACUGCCUUUUAAGAAGAGACAGUUAGAUUAAGAUAAUAAAUUGAAUCUUUAUUUUAAGCUAGUCUAUACAAUUUAUAAUAGAAUAAUGUAGAAUAAGUAAUUCAAGAAAGAUUAUUUUAAUUAAUUUUAUAAAUUUAAGAAUAUGUUGUACAAAAGAGUGAAAUGGAAAAAAUAAUUGAAAGACUUAAAAAAGAAUGUUUGAAAUAUAGAGUAAUAAAUAUUUAAUAUGUUUAGUCUUAUUAAAUAGAAUAAGAAUUUAGAAGCAAAAAAGAAAUUAAAAAAUUAUUAGAUCAAUUAAAAGAAGAAGCCAACAAUACCUAAAAAGAAAGUAGUAAAGAAACUUAAUAUUAAACUAAACCAGAUGAAUUAUAAUUAUUAACAGACCUGAUGUUUGCAAAAUAAGAAAUCUAAGGUAAAUAAAAAGAAAUAGAAAAUUUAAAUUAAAUUAUAUCUGAUCUCGAAAUGUAAAUUAAAGAAUUAACUAUGGUGUAGAAAUCAGAAAUUUAAGAAAUUUAACCAUAAUCUCAAAGGGUUGAUGUAUCUACAAAAUCAAAGGUAACUAAAAUCUAAUCUCCAGUAUUUGCAACUGAAAUCAUGUAAGAAAUAGCUUUGCCAGUAAAAAAAUCAAUAAUGACCUAAGAUUAAAUGUAAUAAUAAGUGAAGUAACCUCAAAGAAGAAAGAUAGUACCAGUGAAAUUCGAAGAAAUUAAAAAUAUUGGAGAAACAUUGAAGUAUCGAUUAAUGGCGAUGGAUAUUAAUAUUUCAUAAUUAGAUGAAUAUUUAUUUGAUGGAGACUCUAUGACAUUGAAAGUAUUAAAAGAUAAGUUAAGACUUUAUCCAUUUAAUUUAACAAAUGAAGAGUCUUUAUUGGUUUCUCGUUAUAUUAUGGAAGGCGAGAAUGACAUAUAUGAAUUAUAAGAGACUGCUUCAAAUUAUAAUCCAUACAUUCGUUCGGUUUUAAGAAGGAUAUUGACAAAUUAUAAAUUAGAAAUUGUAAAAAAUUAAUUACUACAUUCUGAAAAAUUAAAAGAUGUCUUAACUAGAUUUAAACCAUUCAUUUUAAGCAAUAUUAAACAAAUUUAUGGAAAGGAUUGCAUAAGAUUGAAUAAAUAAUAGUUUAAUGAGGCAUUAAUGUCAUUAAAUAUAGAAUUAAAUUAGUUUGAAUUAGAUUAUUUAAUAGUUUAAGGGAUUUUGGAAAGUAAAGGUGUCGAAUCAUUAAAUUAUGAGGAGAUGCUAAAAUAUGAAAUAAAGAAAGUUUAAGAUUAACAACUUUCUUUUUUAUUAACUGAAUUAAAUAAUUAAUAAAAUUAGAAGGCUGAAAUGUCUGUAAUCGAAGAAUGUCCAGAGAAAUUUUCAGAAAUAGAAUAACCAGAGUAAUUAGAUUAAAAAUAAGAGUAAAUAAAAAAUGAUUCAGAAAAAAAUGAAGAUAAUUAAUAUGUUACAUUUGAUAAAUAUGUUAGUGAAUAAUUUGAUUCUGAUAGUGAAGAAUCAAAAUAAGAAAUAAUGACAUCCGCAUUUAAUUUGGGAUAAUGA